GAGAAGGCGAAGGAGGGCGCCGAGGUGCAGCGAGCCACCCAGCGCGGCUGAGCAGGAGGCGCCGAGGAGAUCCUGCCUGCUUCCCGGACGCUCCGGGACAUGGAGCCCAACAGUCCCCGCAAGAUCCAGUUCACGGUGCCGCUGCUGGAGCCUCAUCUCGACCCAGAGGCGGCGGAGCAGAUCCGAAGACGUCGCCCGACUCCCGCUACCUUGGUCCUGAGCAGUGACCAGUCAUCUCCAGAAAUUGAUGAAGACCGUCUCCCCAAUCCUCUGCUGAAGCCAGGGCUGUCGAUGUCACCAAGGCAGAGGAAGAAGGUCUCCCGCACCACGCCCACCAUGAAAGAGCUCCAGCUGAUGGUGGAACACCAUCUGUGCAAGCAGCAGGCAGACGAGGAAGAUGUCAGCACCGGCAGCCAGGAGCCUCACAGUCCAAGCUGCUGCCCUCAUGCCAACUCAGACCCUGGCCACAGUCCCGGGAGUUGCCCUUUGGCGCAAGCGCACGCCCAGCUGGAGUCCCAGGAGGAUGAGCACUCCGGCCCAGAGGAACAAGGAAGAGUCACGGGCGUUGGCUGCGCGGAGAGACCUGGCAACGUGAGGCCUGACUUGUCCUCAGAGAAGCAAGGCAUCCAUAUACCACCGGAGAGCUGUGUGGGGAAGGAGAGACUGGCCAAGGAGUGAUGCUCCCCUUCAGGCAUCCAAACACAGACGGGGCUUGGGCCUACUGGACGGAAUAUCACACAGCUGUUUUCUCUCUUUCCUUUUUAAAUGAUUGUGUUUUUUUAAGAUUUCAAUGGCUGUUCAGGUGUUUGUAAUGUUUUCCUUCUUUCUUUUUUUUUAAAUGAAAUGGCCCCAAGGCCGAUCAGUGAGGGGGGUGGGGUCUGUUCAAUGUUGGGUUUGGGAUCAGGUCACAAGUGUGAAGGAGAACAUGAUUCAGCCUGGAGCACUAGAAAGUUUUUAUCAUAGCUGGAGGAACCUCCAUCUUGUACCCCUUAAAACGGUCCUAACGUUAGACUGCAGGUGUUGGUUUGCAUACCUGAAGACUCUCUACCAUGCAAAAAACAAUUCUUUGCCUAUAUAAAAAAAAUAUAUAGAAAGUAGCUUUUCCUCUGUGCUAUAUAUGUAUAUGGUGGCAUUGCAUAGAGAAGCAUUCAAUCAUACAAGCUUCCACUUGCAGUCUGACGUCGCAUACCUCAUGUUCCAUGUGCUGUGGGAGAGAUCUAGGCCACUGGCUAGAAGAUUUUAUUUCCCGAGGCUCAGUUCUCGGUACUCUACGAUGGUGUUUUCAUAGCCGCCUGUUGCUUUCUGGACCUUCUAUUGCUCUCUACUGUAAUCAUGGCUUAGUGCAUGCUGGAAAACCCCACAGUUCUAGAAGGGAACAAAGGAGGAAAUAGGUGCCUAAGUAAGGGAGUCUUUUCUGCUUUUCUUCAGGGCUCGGGCCCUAUUAGUUGCUAUGGUUACUCUUCAGGCACUCACUUAUUCCAGUGUCAUAGUACAAGAAAUACCUUUAGUCAUCCACCCUCCUCAAACCUUCCUGCCUGUCAAGCGAGAGAAAUCCAGACAAAUGGCAGGUUCUACAUGUCCUUUCUGAUACACCCCCACCACCACCAUUGUUCCCAUCUGGCUGAGCUGCCCGAACUUUGGGAGUAGUGCCAUACAGCAGUGCCUUCUGAGAGGAGAGCAAUGAGUUUGCCUCCCCUGAAAACCACCCACAGGCCUCAUGAGUGUGUGCAUAACCUCCGAUAGGUGUCACGCAUGAAAAAUUGGUACACUUGUUUUCUGGGAUACAAGAGUAGCUCUUUAUAACACAGUAGCAACUGCUAAAAACAGCUGCCUAUCUUUCCUCUUCAUGCUAAACAUGCUAUCAGUAUUUUUAGGGCCGGCCCUACUGUUAAGUAGACUGAGGCAGUCGCCUCAGAUGGCCGCUGCUGGGAGGGGGCAGCAGCCAAGUGUUGUAGGAGAGAACUGUAGCCCAAGUGGCCUGCCCUAUGCCCACUAAGAAAGCCUGCUGCCAUCAGAUGUGGAGGAUGCUGCCCCAUUGCCAAUGUUGAAGAAAGAUUCAACUGCCAUCCUGUCAGCUUUUGUACAUGGAAUAGGAAGGGCUCUGCCUUGUUCUUCACCUCAGGCAGCAAAAUGUCUUGAGAUGGUCCUAAGUGUUUUAAAGUUUCCUGUUAUACCAGGAGUGGGCAACUUGUGGCCCUCCAGAUGUUUUGACCUACAGCUGCCAUCAGCUCUCACCACUGGCUAUGCUGGCCUUGGGCUGUGGGAGUUGUAGGCCAAACUAUUUGGAGGGCCACAACUUGACCAUCUGUCUUAUACAAUAGAAAACAUAGUCAAGGCUUUCUUGGCUCAGUACAGGAACUAAUUGGAUGCAGCCUACUACAAGGAGCGAAACGCAGAUAGUUGUUCAGCAGCUCUUGAGAGUGGCCUGGCACUGUGCCAUUGUUAACAAAAUAGCCCAGCCAAAAGAGGUGGCCACAACCUGGCUACAUGUCUAGGAGAUCACAGAAGUCCAUCUGCCUGUUUGUCAUCCAUUAUGUAUCCUUGAAUCAUUGCCAGAGUUUUACAUAUCUGGACCACAGUUCUGGACUCUGUCCCACCCUAACCCCCACCACACAUGUGAAUCCUGCUUCUUUUAUUAAACGGGUCAUCUUUGCUUUGCGAGUUCCCAAAUCA